AUGUCGCUGCAGCACUUUGGAAAGGCCACCUUGCGAGUGGCUAAGAACUAUACGAAAGGAUACUCAGACACACAGGCAAAGGUCCGCGAUGCGACGUCGAACGAUCCGUGGGGACCGACAGGCCAGCAGAUGAAUGAGAUCGCACAAAUGACAUACAACCAAAAUGACUUUGUUGAGAUUAUGGAAAUGCUGGAUAAAAGAUUGAACGACAAGGGGAAGAAUUGGCGCCAUGUCUUCAAGGCUCUCACUGUCCUCGAUUACCUACUCCAUAAUGGGUCUGAGAACGUCAUAAUAUAUUUCCGGGAUAAUCUGUACAUCAUCAAGACACUCAAGGAGUUCCAAUACGUAGACGAAUAUUCGAAAGAUCAAGGUGCGAAUGUACGACAGAAGGCGAAGGAUAUUACGAACCUCCUGCAAGACGAGUCGAGGUUGCGCGAGGAACGAAGAAACCGCGCGAGCAUGCGAGAUCGAAUGGCGGGUGGGACGAACGGGUUGAGUGACUUCGACGACGAGAACGAGACGAGGCGGAAGCAGCAACCCAAACGACGAAAUCCUGAAGACGACGAAUUGCGAAAGGCGAUCGAAGCAAGUAAACAAUCCCUGGCUGACGAGCAAGCAAAGAAGGCGGAAGAGGACGAUUUGGCGAGAGCAAUUAAACUUAGUGAAGAGGAGGAAAAGAAGCGUAAUCAAUCUGUUGUGGAUUCGAACUCAAGGUCGUUAUUCGACGAGCAGGCUCAAUCGUACCUUUGUAGUGCCCAAUCAUCAAACAACCCAUUCCCGCUUGUCGAUCCGUCGGCGCAAUUCUCUCAGAACCAGCUUCAGCCGCAGUAUACCUCGAUGAUGCCGCAAUUCACCUCUUUCAAUCCAUAUCAACAGCAAGCGCAGCAAGAGGCGAUGCAGACACAAUAUAUGCUACAGCAACAAGAAUGGAUGCGUCAGCAACAGGAAGCCCAGCAAGCUCAGUUGUUACAAGCUCAACAACAGGCUCAACAAGAGGAAUGGAACCGCCAACAACAGAUGCUUUUGCUCCAACAACAACAGCAGGCGCAGCAACAACAGUACCAGCAACAACAAUUAGCUCCACAACAGCCCCUCUUUCCGCAGCAGACGGGCUUCGGGUCGAACAACCCGUUUGCUCCGGCUACACAAUCUCCUCCACCUCUCCCACAGAUGUCCAACAAUGCAUCUGGCAUCGACUCGUUCUCCUUACCAUCAACGUUUGCGAAUUCUCCAAGACCAUCAACUUCACCACCUGCACAGUCGACGAGCUCCAUUUCCCCUGCUCCAUCACCUGCUUCGCGACCAGCUCGUAAUGAUGGCGAACACGCACAUCUUGCGAAUCUCCUUGCGAAUCGGGAGGACGGUCAGGAUACUUUCGGGAAUGUCGGCCAACUUCGGUAUGGGCACAGCCAGGCAGGGCGUCUUUUGGUGCAGAAGACGGGACACAAUCCAUUUGCAGCACAACAGCAACAGCAGCAGCAAACGGCGAGUGAUCAGCCGUUCUUCUCGGUUUAG